AUGAAUGUACCCAAAGACAACGAAAUCGAGGAAAAUGUGGCGAAGGUCUCGAAUCCAUGUGUAAUUGAAUUAGAUCUCGAUCAAACUUCAAUACCGAAUGUAAUGAGAUCAAGAUCCAGUUCAAGUAGUUGCCAGGACAUAUUCCUUCCAAACACUAACGGUAUUCAUCUUAGUGGUAUUCCUAAACAUAUUACAUCCUUUGACGAAAAGUAUGUCCUGCAUUGCCUUGAAUUGUUACGUAAUUACGCAUUAAGAGCAGCUGCCUCUAAUUUUGCCUCCAAAGCGCAAAUCCCGCCCGAUGACUGGACAUAUUUAGCCCAAACCAAAAUUAUAGGUCAACAUGAUAUGGGGGCUAAGCAAGGAAUUCACACAGGUAGCCAGAGUAUAAUCAACAUACUGAAUAGGCCUUUGACUCAAAAUUUCGGCUCAACUGAUUUUGGCGUCAAUAUCCGGGUAAAACAUUUACUCGAGCCAGUUUAUUCCCAUUUACCGUACUCAUUGCGUGAGCCAAGUAACUCCUCAAUGCCUGAAAACAAGGUAACGGUUAUUAAUCCCAAAAAAAGUAGCGCAUAUCCACCAGAUCAUAAAAGGGCUAUGUCUAUAUCAAGCAUGAACGCGAAUUAUUCGGAGAAGUCGUCUUUUCAAGGAAUGUUGCAUUGCAAGUGGAAAGAUGGGAUGCCCUUUUUUGUUUUUAGCGUGAAUGGUAAGACAGAGGUAUACACCGCCAGCCUGUCGAAAGAUGAUAAGGAUUUUGAGUAUAUUUACACUUUCAGCUCGAGAAUGAAAGGAAAGAAAGAACUCAUGUGUGAAGAACUCGAGCCUCAUAUCCUAUGCACAAUGAAAGUGUGGACCUCAAGUUCAUCUGAAGUUAAGGAGACUCGGUUUGUUCUGUCUCUUUCUGGUGAGGGUCAUUGUACAGAUGAUCUACAGUUCUCGAAUCAUAAUAGAAAGAAGAAUCAAAGAUUGGUGAGUAAGGUGGCGAAAGUUUUUCGGUCGAGCCACUCGUGUAAACAGAGGCCAUCUUCAUCCAUUUUCGAGGAGAUGAGGUCGGAAAACGAUUGCUUGCAGCAGAACAUAGAGAUGGCUGCUAUUAUAGUAAAGGACAGAAUCUUGAAAAAUAGCAUUGGGGGUUGGGGGUUGAAAUUUUUGAAGAAAUCUGGAAAAGAUGUGUGUCUAAAGACGUUUUCGCCCUCCGAGGGCAUGGGGAGUUUGGAUGUUUUGAUUCCGGUGGGUUUUCAUGGUGGAGGGAGAAUGGGAGGUGAUAAUGGGCCUUCAAGUCUUGUCGAGAGGUGGGCUUCUGGUGGGGUGUGUGACUGUGGUGGCUGGGAUUUGGGCUGCCCACUAACGGUUCUCAGUGUGGGGCCCACUGGCGCGAAUUCAUCAUAUUUGGUGGAUAGUUUGGGGGAUUGCAAGUCAGUUGAUCUCUUUAAACAGGGAUCGAAACAAGAUGUUCCAAUAUUCAAAAUGUCGAAUAUUCACGAGGGUUUGUACUGUGUCCAUUUCCAGUCGACUCUGUCUACUUUGCAGUCGUUUGCAAUUGCUGCUGCAAUUAUCCAUGCGCGUAGUCCUGUUCAUCGGUCGAAAGUGUAG